GAUAGGCACCUUCGUGCUUAACUCAGCCCAGCCCAGUUCAGUGCAGUCCAGUCCAGUCCAGUGCAGGCCCACACAGCCCUCAUAGCACGUACGAAGGCUCACUUCUCUUGGAUGUGAAGGCAGAGUGCUGCCAGAAGGGACGGAAGGAAGUGAGCCCGGAACAUCCUGAAUCCCUCGAGCAUUAGGAGCACAUUAAUGUAUAUGGAUUAUCUGUUUCUAAUCGGACGUCCAGUCCAUCUGCGUGGGGCAAUGUGGAGGUUGGAGCUCGCGAACUUGAGAGCUGGAGAGUGUGUUGUGUGAGAGAAUGUGAGUGAGUGAGAGAGAGACACACACGCACGCAGUGGGAGAUCGCGCUGCAAUGUCCCGCCCCAGUAGAUGGAUUUGUUUCUGCAGAGGAGAGUGAUUCCGAGGGAGGAUUGUCGCUGGGCUGCUGCAGCUGCUGGUGGUACGAGCGGGAGUAUGGAGCGCGGACGAAGCACAGAAAUAUGACGACGACGACGACGGUGAUGGUGAUGGUGAUGAUGAUGAGAAUGGUGAUGAUUUGAUAGUGCAGCGGUAGAGUUGAUGUGAUGGUAGCAAGGUAGAGGGAUGAUGGUGAUGAUCCAGUUCGUUUUCCGAGAAGGUAGUGGAUACGGUUGGAUGGAAUGGAUUUGUAGGUAGGUAGAUGAAAGGGUCCUCUCGGCCGCAACGAUCUUUACAAUGCGCCAAGUAUUGGAAGAUGGCUGGAACGAUCUUCGGGUAGAGGAGUCUAACGAGUUUAGAGAAGUGGAGCAAGUGCUGGUGAGCAGCAGAUUGUGGAACCGCACUUAUGAUCCACCGGCCUUGCUUGUCGAGCAGAAGAGAAGUGAACGAUCUUCAUAGCUGAGACUCGCAUGUACGGCAGUAGAUCAUCAUCAUCUGCGCGAUUGGGAGCUAACAACAUGGGCGCAAUGUGGUGCCUCCUGCUCGCGGUCUCAAUUGUCAGUACAUUGCAAAUCUCAUCAGCUCAACCAGGAUUCAUCAGCAUCGAUUGCGGAACGAGUGGCAACUACACGGACCCAGUGACGAACAUCACGUGGACGGGAGACGACGGAUACAUCUGGACAGGAUCGAGCGCCGCUGACUUGUUGACGGGCCCGAUGCUUCAGGAAAACAAGAAGCAGAUGAGCUCGCUGAGAUUCUUCGACGACUCUCGCACCAAGCACUGCUACGUGCUGCCCGUGGAACCGAAUGGAACGUACCUGGUCCGAGCCAUGUUCCUCUACUCGAAUUACGACAAGAAGGCCGUGAAUCCUGUGUUCGAUCUUGCUAUUGACGCUACUCUGUGGGUGACGAUCGAUCUCACCGCCACUCGAGAUGUGGUAAAUUCCUGGUUCAAGCCCACUAUAGCUGAAAUCCUGGUGCCCGCCUCGUCUGGAACCAAUAUGUCGGUGUGUCUAAUCCGAACGUCACCGACUUACACUCCCUUCAUCUCGUCUCUCGAGCUGCGCCCCAUCACCAACAAUGCGUACUCCUAUGUGAGGAAGAGCAACAGUAUACUUCAGACCGUAGGCAGGUUUAACUGCGGACCAUCUUCGAACAAUAGUAGAGUCAGGUACCCAAGUGAUGUUUUCGACCGGUUGUGGGCACCGACUGACCAGAAUUCUGAUGUUCCUUCCAAUGCUACCGUAAAGGGAGUGACGUCGAACUCUAACAACUUCCCUCCAUCUGUGGUGCUGCAAAGUGGGUGGGCAUCAGAUACUAGUUUCAGCUUUUCCUGGAACCCUUUACCUGCAGCCAGCCUAUACUACGCUGCUUUUUACUUCUCUGAUCUCAAUUCCACCGAUCCUAAAGAUCAACGGAUCAUGGAAAUCUCCCUCAAUGGCAACGUCUGGUGGGGGACCUUGAAUGUCACCGCUUACGGGAAUUUCGGCAUGCUGUCAGCGGCUGGUGAAGUAGAGGCCUCGGGGAUAGCAAACUUCACAUUUGGCAAAGCUUUUGAAUCUUCACUGGGUCCAAUCCUGAAUGCUGCGGAGCUGUAUAGUGUGAUGGCAGUCAUGAAUGAGACUACAUACCAGCCAGAUGUGGAUAUUCUCAACGUUUUGCAAGCUCACUUCAGCUUGCUAGGGUGGACGGGUGAUCCAUGCUCACCAGCUCCAUGGGACUGGAUAGAUUGUUCGUCGGCUGUUCCACCAAGAAUCACGGCCUUAAAGUUAUCGAGCACCAACAUCUCUGGCUCACUACCCAAUGAAGUUACACAGUUGAGAAUGUUGGUCGACCUGUUCGUGGAUAACAACAAUCUAACUUCCAUACCUGAAGACUUCACCCCGCUUGUCAACCUUCAGAGAUUGCAUCUGCAGAACAAUCUUUUGACGGGAAGCGUUCCAGAAUCAUUCACGGAACUCCAUCAGCUCAAGGAACUGUUUCUGGCAAACAAUGGAUUCAACGGGACCUUGCCCGAGCAGCUCAUGAACUCUUCAAGCUUCAUGAUCACGGCUUAUGGGAAUCCAUAUCUCUGCAUUCCUUAUCAGUGGGUUUGCGGUGGCCAAAAUUCAGACAAUACAAAGAUUAUCAUUAUUUGUUCCUUUGGUGCAUUAGCUCUUGUCCUGAUGAUGGCACUUCUUAUUUUCUGCUGCCGCCGUCGUCGAAAGUUGCGACCAAUGAAUCAAAGGACUCGUCUUUCAUCUGGCUAUUACGGAGGAACACCCUACGAAGUAUACAAUUCGGACGGAAACACAACACCAGUUCAUCCAGUCAUGGGUACCAGUGGUGGAGGUGGUCCAUUCAUUCCUCGACCCGAUGCUCCGAAAUACACCUUUGAGGAGAUGAAAACAGCAACCGAUAAUUUCAAAGUUCAAACUGGGGAAGGAGUGAUUGGACCUGUAUAUCAGGGAACGCUUCCAGAUGGUAAACUGGUUGCUGUGAUAACUCUGCCCCCUAAAAGCGGGAUAACUGCAGAUGAGUUCAUAAGCGAGGUUGCAAUUCUUUCGAAAAUUCAACACAAGAAUCUGGUGUGCCUCGUUGGCUACUGCGAUGAAGCGCAGCACCGAAUGCUCAUUUAUGAGCAUAUGGCAAAGGGGACCAUAAGGGAUCAUCUUUAUGGUAAACUUCGUGAAUCAGAACCGGUGAACUGGAAGACGCGCCUUGAAAUUGCCUUGAAUGCAGCGAGAGGUUUGCAAUUUCUUCACACGCAGUGUGCCCCUCGCAUCAUACAUGGUGAUGUGAAGAGCAGCAACAUAUUUCUAAACGAGGAGCUUAUAGCAAAGGUUGCUGAGUUUGGACUUUCAAAGCUCAGAGAAGAGGAGAGCGCCACUUCUGGCUACAUGAACUCUGAGUUCAGCACAGGAGAAAGAUUGACUACCAAGAGUGAUGUAUUCAACUUUGGAAUAGUGCUUCUAGAAAGUAUCUGUGGCAGAAAAACUGCCAAAACCGGAGCUUCGACUGAAAACACGAAUAUAAUUCAAUGGGUGAAAUCGUCCCUUCAAGACGGCAACAUUCAUGCUAUAGUGGAUCCUGCGUUAGUGAAUGGUUACAACGUGGAGGCGAUGUGGCAUGUGGCCGAGCUCGCACUGCUCAGCACGGAGGCUCGAUCUGUCAGUAGGCCCACCAUGACUCAAGUCGUGCGAGGCUUAGUGGAAGCCAUCGAGAUAGAGGCCGGAACUUUUGUGGCCAUUCCACAAUCUAUAAACUCCAACGUUGAUUCGUUCAUAGGCAACGGAGGAAAGAAGGAAGGAGAAAGAAGAACGUACAAGAAGUAGGACGGCCCACUCAAUCCAGCACGAACGCACGCACGGAUGGCAUUCGAGAAGGGCCGUCCCUCUUCUUUUGAGACGGACAUUCCUCAAAAUUCGACUGACGGUCCUUCUCUUUUCUUUUGGUUGAUUCCCAAGGACAGCCUUCUUCGAGACCGAACGAGCUCACCAUGAUGCCUGUGAUCGUUCACGGAAGGUGUGACACAGGCUGAGUGACUUGCUCGCUGGGUCGAUUUUCUUCUCGGAAGCCAAUUUUGUAAGUGAUGUAUCAGCGGAGUAGCUGAGAGAGUACGUUAAGCAACUAGACACGUCAAGAUCUGCAUAUAACUGUAAAUAAUUCUGGGCACAGGCUAUAGAGUUAGCUUGCCAAUAAGAUGCAUCCAGGAUGUCAGAGAAUCUACUAUACGCAAACAGCAUCAGUAUACAAGCGAACCUCUUGCCCGAGGUUGGCAGCCAGACUUGCUGUUGAAACGCUCGUGUGAUGUCGAAGCUACGGUAAAGAGCAGUUAUCAAGCCGCCUCCUCCUCCUUCCAUGGAAGAGCAGCAGCUUCAGAACGGGGAAACACGCAGUUAGUUGGUGGAUGAGUGGGAAAUAGGAGCGGACACCCUUUUGGGAAAUUGUACCAAUUUGUAUACCAUUAUAAUCGAGUGAGCUUUCUUUUCG